AGGAUUCAAUGAGGUAAUGUGAGUAAAGUAUUAGCAGUAUUCUAGGCCACAUAGUAACCACACAAUAGUUAGUAUAAAGUCUGAAUAUUUUGGCCUGGCGCAGUGGCUUACACCUGUAAACCCAGCACUUUGGGAGGCCAAGGCGGGUGGGUCACCUGAGGUUAGGAGUUCGAGCCUGGCCAACAUGGUGAAACCUCGUCUCUAAUAAAAAUACAAAAAAUCAGCCGGGCAUGGUGGUGGGCACCUGUAAUCCCAGCUACUCAGGAGGCUGAGGCAGGAGAAUUACUUGAACCUGGGAGGCGGAGGUUGCAGUGAGCCAAGAUGGCGCCAUUGCACUCCAGCCUGGGCAACAAGAACAAAACCCUAUCUAAAAAAAAAAAAAAAAAACCAGUAUGAAUAUUUUACUUGCUAAACUCCAAUUGAAUUCAUGGUAAAGGUAAUUUGGUAAAAUUUCUCAGUUCAUUAGAAGUAGACAAUAUUUAUGAAUAAUCUGCAUGGAGUGUAUAUUUAAAUAUAUUUCUUAAAAGUUAGCUAUAAAAUAUUAUAAAAUCAAGCUUUUCUUUUUAUCUGCUUUGAUUCUAAAAUUCAGGGCUGUAUUCUCACGAAAAAAGUUUGCUUCCCACUGAAAUAAAUGCCUCUUUGUCCCAGGGAAACACAUAGAGUCUGAAUUACUCCAUUCCACAGGGUGGGGGCCAUGGGGUGAUGGAGAGAGGUGUGAGCUCACCACAUGUGAAUGUGGUCCCUGCUGUCUGGGGGAGGUAAGACCCUGGGUUACAGCUCUUGCCAAGCUCUGGUGGUUCCAAGGUUGAGGCUUCUGCUUCCCCUGCUGUGGGAAGGCAGGCAUCUGCCCCUGGUUUAUGACUGUAAAUGGAUUUGCUGGAGGAUGUUGUUGUCCCAUAUUUCAGGGGUGCUAACAGAAAGGUAGACCUUACAAAAAACAAACAGAAAGAAAUGCAGACCUUAGAGUGUGCACAUGCGGUCAUUUAAGUCACUUAAUGCCCUUGCUUCCUUCAAAACAGUUCUCAUAAAAGAUUGACUUGGUUUAUUGCUAUACUCAGGAAAUCAAAGCAGAGGGCAAGCCCCAGAUGGGAUUACAGUCGCUGCUGCAUGAGCUUUUCCACAGUGUGGUGGUUUGCCAAGGUGACUGAGCUCUAAGUUAAGAGGAUAGUACUCUUCAGGUUUUACAAACUAGGGAAGUUCACACCUUUAAGUAACAAUUUUCAUUGCCUUUGGAACUUCAGAACUGAGUCAAGGCUGCAGAGUGGUGACUUCCCUUUUGUUACUCUGUGAAAACUGGGAGAGAAUUAAGAGCAGGGCCUGCAAGAUGUGGGAGUGCAGAGCCUUGAGGGAAGCAGAGCCAUGGAGCUUACACAGGGAAGGCUGAGGGGUGAGGGAAUAAUGAAGCCUUCUUUAUCUGGAUUAGCUACAGAGUAGCUAUUUCUAAUUCCACUGAACCCCCAACAAGAACCUUUGGCAAAUAACAGGGAUUUUUAUUGGAGAAAAAUGUUUGUCUGGUUGAAUGUUUUAGUGGGUUUGCAUUUCAGAUUCUCUUUCUGAGAAGGGCAAGAAGAUGAGUGGCAGAAGAAUCAGGAAGUUGUCUACACACCUGGGUGGCAGGUGUAACCCUCGCUAAAGAGAGAAGGGGGACAGCCAGGCGCAAUGGUUCAUGCCUAUAAUCCCAGCACUUUGGGAGGCCAAGCUUCCCAGUGCAACGUCAGCUUAAAGAAGCAGAGGAGCCGCAGCAUCCUUAGCUCCUUCUUCUGCUGCUUCCGUGAUUACAAUGUGGAGGCCCCUCCACCCAGCAGCCCCAGUGUGCUUCCGCCACUGGUGGAGGAGAAUGGUGGGCUUCAGAAGGGUGACCAGAGGCAGGUCAUUCCCAUACCAAGUCCACCAGCUAAGUACCUUCUUCCAGAGGUGACGGUGCUUGACUAUGGGAAGAAAUGUGUGGUCAUUGAUUUAGAUGAAACGUUGGUGCACAGUUCGUUUAAGCCCAUUAGUAAUGCUGAUUUUAUUGUUCCGGUUGAAAUCGAUGGAACUAUACAUCAGGUGUAUGUGCUGAAGCGGCCACAUGUGGAUGAGUUCCUCCAGAGGAUGGGGCAGCUUUUUGAAUGUGUGCUCUUUACUGCCAGCUUAGCCAAGUAUGCAGACCCUGUGGCUGACCUCCUAGACCGCUGGGGUGUGUUCCGGGCCCGGCUCUUCAGAGAAUCAUGUGUUUUUCAUCGUGGGAACUAUGUGAAGGACCUGAGUCGCCUUGGGCGGGAGCUGAGCAAAGUGAUCAUUGUUGACAAUUCCCCUGCCUCAUACAUCUUCCAUCCUGAGAAUGCAGUGCCUGUGCAGUCCUGGUUCGAUGACAUGACGGACACGGAGCUGCUGGACCUCAUCCCCUUCUUUGAGGGCCUGAGCCGGGAGGACGACGUGUACAGCAUGCUGCACAGACUCUGCAAUAGCUGGAUACACAUGGAGCUGUUUGGGAAUUUUCCUUGCUGCUACCGCGCUGCCACCAAAUGGAAUUGACCAGCGGCUGUUACACUGUUCUUUGCCACUGUGCCUAUGCUCAGAAUAUGCUCACUGCUAAGCUACAAACUCGGACAGGGUCAGAAACAGAGGUGUCCCACCCCAUUGCAGCCUCCACCAGCUGUAACCCCUUCCUGGCAUUGGCCACUGAAGGGUACAAAGACAAAAGGGCCAAAGCACCACUUAGGUGUGACAUGGAUUUUAAACUGCAGUCAGUAUCAGAUCCUGUUUGAUAAAUAAGCUGACUCUUCUCUCUUGAGAACCUGUGGCCUCAACCAGCCACCAAGCUGAUGUGGCCCAAGUCCAUCUCUUGGUCUUCUCCUUUGAAGCACAGCCUAUUUCUGAGCCAAGGGUUGGGGAAGCCUGUCUAGAUGUGGGACUGUGGGACAUAUUGCCCCAAACCAGGGAGAGGAAGAGCUCCCGCAGGGAGAGCCCAGGCUCUCUUUGCAGCCUUUCCCAGUUUGGUGUUUAAGCAGUGCCAUGUUCUUUGUUUGACAACAAGACAGUCUGUAAAGUAUUGCUCUUAAAAACAAUUAAAAAGAACCCUUUCCUGUUGGCACCAUUGCCUUAGUCCUCUGUGGGUUGGUCUUCAGCCAGCAUUCUGGUGGGAGUGACUGGCAUUAACAAGACUGGAAAUCGGGGGUCAAAGUAAAAUAUCUUUGUUUUGCUUUCAUUCACAAAGUAAUGAAGCCAGCUGCCAAUUACGUCCUCCCAACAGCACUUUGGUCUGUGGACUGCUGUGUGAAUAUUCAGAAGGGAAGUAAGUAUUCAGGGGGUAAACAGGUCUCCCAGCAUUCUGAGUGUUCCAAACCAGUAAUCCACAUGCCAAUUCAAACAGAACAGCCCCUUGCUAGAUAUUACCACAGAUAAUGACAGUUACAUGGUAGAACUGCCCAUGCCACAAACUUUUAUUUGGAAAAGUAGUCACUAAAUAAACCCACUGCCUUAAAUGUCUUGAAUGUUGCAGUCAAGUGUCUGUCGUGUGUUGAUAUCCACACAGAAUUAGGCCCUAAUGAGAGCCUUAGACCCUCAACCAUGCCCCCUUCGUUGGCAUCACAGGGCCUUAUUUGGAAGAGCGGGCAAAGAGGAUGGAAAUCGUAAAAUAUUUCAGGGGAAUCGAACCUAGGAAUAGUGCUCCACUUCUGACGAUGGAGUGAAGACACUUGGCAGACUUGAGCCAGACACUUCACCUAGUAGUUCCUGAAACUGUGAGCACCACUGCACUAAGCCAGUGCGGAGCUGUGAGGGACGGCCCAGCUCCUGCACCACAGACACAGAAUGUCUGGAGAGGGCCAGCAGGCCCUCUGAGGGUUCUGGAAUCUGUGCACCUUAUUUGACCACACUCCAAAAUUCUGUUUUUAUUUUAACCCUUGAAUCUGCUUUAUGUACAUAAUCAAAAUAUCUAUAUCUAUAUAUAUUUUUAAUCAUCUACAUGUAAAUGAAGCAAUAGAAUUCUAACAUAAGGCCAAGAAAUGAGAUGAAUGUUUGGGGUUUAUGUUUUUUAAGGUAAAUACGGGUAUUGUUUUUAAUUAUUACCAUGUAUUAAAUUGUGGGCUUUGAAACCUAAUGAAACCUGUUAGCCACUUCUCUGUGCCAUAUACUUCCCAUGUUACCAAAAUACCCCCAACUCUUUAGCCAAAAGAGAACCCUGACCUCCUGAGUUUCCAUGCUCCUUUCUGUACCAGGUCUAAAUGUAGUCUUCUGGAGAAGUAUUUUUGACAUUGAGCCCUGGGACAGGACACCUUGGGUUUGUGGACUCCAGCCCACUAUGAUGUUAUGACUUCUCUGGCCAGGCCUCCAGUGGAAGUGCACAGGCACUCCCAAUGUUGUUAAUGCUCUGUCUUCCAUUUGUUCUGGAAUCCUACGUGUUGGUCUGUGGUUCCAUGCAUUAGCUGUUUGUAAAUAAUGCAUUUGCAUACUGAAAAAGGAAUGCCACCUGCCACAGUUGAUGGUGAGGAAGCUCCUUUGACGUGGUGCAAUUUUGAUGAGAUGUCUCUGGGGACACGAGGAUGCCCUAAUGAUGCUGACUUGUCAUGGUUGCAGCAUUUGAACUUUUGGUGUUAAAAAAAAAAACAAACCUGUAAGUCUAUAACCUGGCAACAUUUUACAACCCUGUAUUUUUAAAGAUGGCUGUCUAAUAAAAAAUCCAGAACCACACAGCCCUAUGGUCAAACAAUCCUACGUUUGUGCCUCUGCUUUUAAAGGUGCUGUGCUGGACAGUUGGCAUGCCAGGGUUCGAGAAGAGUGAAUGGCUUGACGUACUUGCAGUUAACUGUGCAAAACUGGCUGGCUGCCUCUGUUCCUACUGUACUGUAAAUUUGAUCAUGUCUGUUCCUGUUCCAUUCUCCCAGGAGCUUCUCUGCAGACUGACACACCCUCCCCCACCCCGGGUAGUGGAGAUGCUGGUGUCUGGGUAGUCAUGGAUUUCUGUUGGACAUUUGAAUGUGAUAAACAAUCCAGCAUUACUUGGGAAAUGCUACAUGCGGAAUGUGCACGUUUCCAGGGACGAGUAUUGUCAAUCAAAAGGUUUGCAAUGAUUUCCUUCCUGCCAAAAAUAAACAUGUGAAACUGCA